ACUCGGCGCCACCGGCAGUCGCUUCUUCUCCCCUCUUUGCCUCAUCUUCGUCUCCUUUCUUUGUCGUCGUCGUCGGAAAUUCGCCAAGACACAAAUUGCACCAUUCUACCAAGAUUUCUUCUUCUCUUCCCCGUUCCCCCUCCUGUUCUGUGAGGAACAUACCUUACUAAACUUGAAAAUCAAACUCCACGACGCCCAACAAAGUUUGCUUGGCUCAGUCGUUAUUUGUUGUUUAAAAUUUCAGAAAUAGAGUUCUGAUCUCGUGAGAGUAAUUAUUGGGUGGAUAUUUUGUCCUUACGAAUGAGCAAUAUCGUUAAGUGUUAGUACUAAAGAGGAGAUUAGUUCUUUGAACGUGAACGGUAUUAUGGCCGAUAAGUUUGCAGCAAACGACUUAGUCUUCGCUAAAUUAAAGGGCUUCCCACCAUGGCCAGCCAAGAUAAUGGAACGAGCUGGUGGAACUGGAAAGGAUGAAAAGUAUCGCAUAAUGUUUUACGGCACUCAUGACGAGGCGACUGUAAAGUGGGAUCAGAUCUUCCUCUAUACUGCUGACACUAGAGCAAAAUAUGGCAAACCAAUGCGCAAGUCGCAUUUUAAAGAGGCCAUGAUUGAAAUUGAUGCAGAUGCUGCUGCUGCUGCCGCUGCCAAAGGGGGCAAUGAUAAGGAAGAGGAGGCUGAGGAGCAAGGAGCAGAAAUGGCUCCUGAGGGGUCGCUUGAUGAAAAUGAGGUUGAAAAUGCUAAAGAGAAAGAUAGUGAAGGAGAGUUAACGAUUGAUGAAGGUCCCCCUUCACUCCCUCCUCCAGUUCUAAAACGUGAAAUAGCGAAACCUGAUUUACCCGCUGAAAUUACUGGAAAUAAAGCCAAGCGACCAAGAACGCUCAAUAAACGAGAUUCCGUCAACGUUUUGCCGUCACCCUCUACCCCUGCAGCAAUUGUAUCAACACCUGCAACUCCUACGACACCAGAUUCUGGUCAACCUGGCACUGAAAUUGUUAGCAGAAGUGGUCGCAAGAUUAAACCCAAGCGGUUUGCAGAUGACGACAUUUCGACGACAGGUCCUAAAGGAAAAACUGGAGUGGACGAUGGUCAGCCUGUUGUUAAACGAGCAAAACGAGGUUCUACUACUGCUGCUGCUGCUGCGUCUGUUGCUACUACUGCCACCACGUCUGCUAAAUCUGGAAAUUCGUUGAAAGCUGAAUCUGAAGAUGCGACAUUACUUGACAAGAGCGAAGACAGUGAAGUUCCUUCGAAGAGUAAAGUUGGAACGCCUUCAAAGGCUAAACCUACAGCCUCUGAAGAUGGGAAUUCUAAAGGUCCUUCAAACAUAAAAGUUCUCCCAAAACGAGCAGUGUCGACAGGAAACAAACAAUCAUUGGAGCCCACUGUACCCAAAACACCCACAACUCCGGUGAGGAAAUCAGAGCGACAGACUAGAUCUAACAGUGUUGAUGAAAAAGAAGAAGUUGCAGCUACUCUUCCAGAGUCUUCUUCUAGAGUCCCAGACCUAGAUGAAAGUGAAGUUGACAAAGAAAAUUCAAAUGGCGAACAACCAGACCCAGAGGCAACGGUUGUUAAUAAUAGCGAUGAGAACAAAUUUGCCAAACCUAGACCACCCAAAGACCCUCCACAUGUUCCAGAGAGGAAGAUUCGCAUUUCAACCAAAAACGGUCUUAAAAUUGAAGUGAGCUUUGAUGCAAAAAAUCCUGACAGCAGAAAUGACGACGAAAACAAAGCGUGGCAAGCUAUUGCAACGCAAAAUGUGAGAAAAGUAAUUGAAGAUCUCAAGGAAGGUGACGCAGAAUCUCAAGAUAUUAUAAACAGUGCUGCAGAAUGCAUCCCAUCGCUCACGGUGGUUGAAACAAAAUCUCGCGAAAAAUUAUCAUCACAGCUUAAGUUGUUGCGAUUGGAAGGCGAAGUGAUUGAAAUAAUUGGUGAGAUUGUUGGUUGUUUGGGUGUCCACUCUGCAGAUUGUAUAAGAGCCAUAGAUCUUAUGGACCGUCUUGAAGAACACAAAUUGAAUCCACUAAUGCUAAAGAAGCACCCGGAAGUAGUUCACACAAUUCAAAAGUUGCGUUCUUACGUGGGCAAUGUUGAAAUUUGGGGAUUCAAUACAGCGCAAAGGGAGGAAUUUGCUAUUUAUGCUGAAGAAAUUCGACGCAAGGCUGUUUCGAUUUUCAAUCAUUUCCAAGAACUUUUUGGAAUCGACUCAUCCGAGACAUUUGCUGAGAUCUUCCAGGAGGAAGUGCGAAAAUUUAAGGAUCAGGUCGAUCAAUUUUCGUUGAAAAAAAUGUUGGGACUUACUGAAGAGAAUGGAGAACUACGCGAGUUGGCAAUGGAUUUGAAUGGCGACGUCGAAUGCGAUCUAGAUACUCAAUAAUCAUCUUACUUAGGCAUGUGUAAAAAAAAUAAGAUUACGGCAAAAGCUUUUGCCUAGAUAUGCAAAUAUGGAGGUUCAUUAGCAUGUACGUUGUUUUGCAUUGUUCCAGUUUAGUUUCAAUUGUUAUUGUUCAUAGCCUAACUAAUCAAUUAAUUAAUUAUUAUUAUAAACCAUGAAAAAGGUUUAGGUUUAAUAUGUACUUGUAACGCCUUUACCUCAUUGUGUUUUUACCUGAUCGAUAUCUUUGUGUUUCGUUAAAUAAUGCAUACUUAUUAGGCUCAGUAUUAUUUAAGUUAAUUGGAUUUGUAGUUAUAUUAUUGUUACGUGCACUGUACUGUACUGACACUGUACAAUGCCAUCCACAAACUAAAAUAAUAAUCGGGAAAUGAAGGCACA